GGCGGAGCGGAGAAGGGAACCCGGAACCGAAGGAAGUAGAAAUGAGACCACUGCUGCUGCGCUGCUCGCUCUGCUGCUCGGCGACAGUUUUCGGCUCGUUUUCCGCUUCCCGAAACAAACUCGUCACACAAGCAGCAGGGGUUCCUCGGCGGUUUUAUUUCAGAAAUACAAUGCCCUAUCAGACGGAGGAGAGAGGACGCCCCAAUUCUCCCGACUACAGGAUUUAUUUUAAAACCUCCGAAGGAAAAUACAUUUCACCAUUCCAUGACAUCUCACUUGUAGCGGAGACCGAACAGGACAAUGAUGUGCCAUCUAAAAAGCCCAAGAAGAAUGAGAGUGAGGUGCUCUUUAACAUGGUUGUGGAGGUGCCUCGAUGGACAAAUGCUAAAAUGGAGAUUGCAACUAAGGAACCGCUGAACCCGAUCAAACAAGAUGUAAAGAAAGGAAAGCUCCGGUUUGUUGCCAACAUAUUUCCCCAUAAAGGUUACAUUUGGAAUUAUGGGGCGCUCCCACAGACGUGGGAGGACCCAAACCACACAGACAAAGAGACAAAGUGUUGUGGUGACAAUGAUCCCAUUGACGUCUGUGAGAUCGGCACACAGGUGUGCUCUCCAGGUCAGGUGAUCCAAGUGAAAGUGCUGGGCAUCUUGGCCAUGAUCGAUGAGGGGGAAAUGGACUGGAAGGUUAUCGCUAUCAAUGCUGAGGACCCAGAUGCCAAAAACCUUAAUAGCAUAGAGGACGUCCGUAAGAGCCGGCCUGGUCAUUUAGAGGCCACCGUCGACUGGUUUAGAAAAUACAAAGUGCCUGAUGGAAAACCUGAGAACCAAUUUGGAUUCAAUGGACAAUUCAAAGACAAGGACUUUGCACUGGAGAUCAUUAAGUCCACCCACGAGGACUGGAGGGCACUCGUGCAGAAGCAGACCAAUAGCAGCGGGAUUGAAUGCAAAAAUAUCUCCUGCUGCGAGAGCCCUUUCAAAUGCAGUGCAGAUGAGGCCAGAGAUGUGGUGGAAUCGGCCCCUGCAUUCGACAGCACGCAUCCUGUGUCUCAAGAUGUGGAAAAGUGGCAUUUUGUUUAAAGACAACAUGGAAACAACAAAACUGUUGAAGCAGCUGCUUCUUUUGAAUGCAGCUGGUAAGAACUCAUUCUCAGCUGUAAAAAGUGCCAUCUAAGUUUAAUAUCCAGUAAAAUAUGUAGAGAUCAGAUUGUUUUAUUAUAAUGUUGAGGUAAAUCACAAAAUAAUGCAUCUCCUUUCCAUUAAAUUGUUAAUGAUAUUGUAUAGGCACUACAGUAUUUUUGGGUCAAAUAUCCAGGUCCAUCAUUGUACAAAACUAAUAUGUCGUGCUAAUAUGCUCCAAUUUGCCUUCAAGACUUAAGUCAGUUCCUGCCAACGUCCACAAACAAGACGCUAUUUGUAUGUUACAAGUAAACAAUUUCUUUCUGUUUUGGGUAAAUAAAUAAAAAAUGGAACGUGUGAACAUGG